UGUGGUUCGCUGCCGGUGCAUUGGGCUCGGCGGCGGUAUCGGGAGGGUUCGGUGCCGGUGCCUCGCGGUCCGUGCCGGUAUCGGGAGGGUUCGGUGCCGGUGCCUCGCGGUCCGUGCCGGUGCCGGGGGGGUUCGCUGCCGGGGGCUCGGUGCCUGUAUGGGGAGGGUUCGGUGCCGGUGCCGAGGACUCAGUGCCGGUGCCUUGGGCUCCGUGCCGGUGCCGGGGGGACUCGGCGCCGGUAUCGGGGGGGUUCGGUGUCGGUGCCUCGCGGUCCGUGCCGGUAUCGGGAGGGUUCGGUGCCGGUGCCGAGGACCCUGUGCCGUGGUGGGCGGGCUCGGUGCCGGUGCCCUGGGCUCGGUGCCGGUGCCGGGGGUGCGCUGUAGCCGCCGCCCCCCCCGGGCGGGGCCGGGCCGUGUGCGCGGGGCGCGGCGCUGGGUGUGGCGGGGCGGGGCCGCCGCGCGAGGCCGGUGCGUGGGGGCUCCGCGGGCGGGGACGGUCCCUGCGUGGGCAGGGCCAGGGGAAGGCGACGCCCGCCAUGAGCUCGUCGGCGCUGCUGGCUGAGGGCCCCCUCGACCCCCCGGUGCUGCUGGCCGACAUCAAGACGGAGCCCCCCGAGGAGCUGCUGGCCAGCGACUGCAGCCAGCCCCAGGCCGAGCCCGUCGAUCUCUCCCUCAAUAAAUCCAAGGUGGCUCCGGCCUCGGCCCCGCCGCCACCGCCUCCCACCUCGGUCCAGUCUUCCCCCAUGCUGGUGGCUCCCCCGCUUCCCGCUUCCAGCACCGUGUCCAUCCCGCCCUCCGGUCUCAGCUCCACCUCGGCCAUUCCCGCUGUCCUCUCACCCGGCUCCAUCCUGGCCUCCACGCAGGGCAGCGGCGGGCAGCAGAUCCUCCACGUCAUCCACACCAUCCCCUCCGUCAACCUGCCCAGCAAGAUGGGCAACCUGCAGACCAUCCCCGUGGUGGUGCAGUCCCUCCCCGUCGUCUACACCACGGUGCCCACGGACGGAGUCACCGCCAUUACCGUGCCCCUCAUCGGGGGAGACGGCAAGAACGCUGGGUCUGCUUUCCUUUCCCGGACCCCUCCAGUGAAAAUGGACCCUGGCUCCGUGUACCCCAUGGACAUGAACAGCGACAGCGAGGACAGCGCCUCUGAGAGCGGCCCAGCGCCUUUCCAGGACCUGCAGAGAGACUCUCCCUGCUCCCGCAGGCCGGCGGUGCGGGGCCCCAGAGCCGAUUCCCCGGACCUGAAGAAACGGCGCAUCCACCAGUGCGACUUCGAGGGCUGCAAUAAGGUCUACACCAAAAGCUCCCACCUCAAAGCCCACCGGAGGAUACACACAGGCGAGAAGCCCUACAAAUGCACGUGGGAAGGCUGCACCUGGAAGUUCGCCCGCUCGGACGAGCUGACCCGGCACUUCCGCAAGCACACGGGCAUCAAACCCUUCCGCUGCUCGGACUGCGACCGCAGCUUCUCCCGCUCCGACCACCUGGCCCUGCACCGCCGGCGGCACGUCAUGAUGUGAGCAUCGUGAGCGGCGCCCGCCGCGCUGGGAGCCGGCAGCGCCUCCGUCCCUCCACCCAUCCACACCCCGCGGCUCCUGCGGGGCGGGGCGGGACUGCGGGAGCGCCGGGGCCGAGCCGUGCUCGCUGCAGGAGCUCAGCCGGCACGGCACGGGACGCCAAACAAUGGAUUCUGGACUGCUGCCCCCUUCUUGUUGCCAGCUGUUUUUAUUCCUGGGUUUGUCCUCGCCUGGAGGCUCCUUGACUCGUCACCUGGAAUUCGCCCAGCAGCUGCCUCAGGCUCUUCAGCCUCCUGCCCGUUGUUGCCCCCAGUGUGCUCCCUGUCCCCUGCCCCUCCCAGUGCCUGGGAGCCGUGGCAAGGACAGGGCAGGUGAGGGGUGAUGGAGGAGCUGACGGCCAUUCCUGCUCCAUCCCCAGACUGUCCCAGCAGGAGAAGGGACAUCGCCUCUCUGUGUGUCCCUCAGCACGUGCUGGGCUUCAUGGGAAGUGCUGGGUGCACGGAGAGCCAGGAGGAAAAGAGGAACCCAACAGUGACCCACAAACACCAUCAGCACCACACGAAGGGAAAACUUUGUGGAACAUGGAACUUUUAUUUUAUGGAAUUCUACAAGGGGGUGGGACAGGGUGGGGGGGAUGAGGGCCAGCAGCUCUUGGGUUUUUUGGAAGACUCUGGGCCACUUGAAAUGUUUCUAAGUUAAACCAGCGGCUGUGGCCACACGCUUUGCUUUUUAA